AUGCAGACGCAGUUUUCUAAAAGUAUCACUGAUAAGAUCGUGAUUUUGUGCUGUUUUUUACGGCUGAUCAUUGCUGGUGUACUUCAACAAAGAUUUCCUUGCGCGCCAAUCGAUGCAAUCUCCGCGAGUGGCGCUGCAGUGCCAGUGGCUUGUACCCUUAAAUCAAUUGGAAGCAAAGUGGAACCAGCACUUCCGACUUACGUGAAAGUUUCUACUCCAAUUUCGUACAGACCAUUGCCAAAGACAUCAUCGUUGGUAUAUAUUGCUCCUCCGAUUUUUAAAACGGCAUCUGCUGUUCUCGCAACUGAUACAAAAAAUGACAAAGAAGCAGAAUAUACGGCCUAUCCAAGAUAUUCAUUUAACUAUGGCGUCUUAGACGGAUACACUGGCGAUUCUAAGUCAGCAUGGGAAGAAAGAGACGGUGACACCGUGAAGGGCGAAUAUUCUGUGGUAGAGGCAGACGGGUCGAUUCGAACAGUCACUUACACGGCUGAUGACCAUAAUGGCUUCAAUGCAGUCGUAACUAGGAACGAGCCUCCGAAGAACGCGAAACAAGACAGUAAUUUAAAAGCGUUUUUGCCUGCAACUGUUAUUCCUAAUCAUCGUUAA